GAUUUUCCGAGGUGAUGCCGUAGCCGUAGCUCCCCGUCCCAUCAUCGAACUGCCCUGCGCCGAAUCUCGGUAAACCUGUUCGUCGACCAAGUUUCCAAUCAUCCCCACGAUCACUACCUUCCGAACCCCCAAGCCAGCGUCGACGAUGGCUUCCGACGACUCCCUCCACCCCCUUGCUGAGUCCGGCGUGACAAUCCGGUCCGACAGCGAGCAGUACUCCCAAGGCGAGGAUCUCACCGAAUCACCUCCCUCGUCCAACUCGCCCAUCAUCCUCUACAAGCCGCCUACGUUCUGGGGCCUGGUCCGCGGGGCCGCUAUCAACCUGUUCCUCCCCUUUAUCAAUGGCAUGAUGCUGGGAUUCGGAGAGCUAUUUGCACAUGAGGCGGCCUUCAGGCUAGGAUGGGGCGGCACCAAGGUCUUCCCCUUGUCCCGGAGAACGGCGCACGCUAUUGGCCCCGGCCUUGAGAUUCGCGACAAGCACCGAAGGCCUUCCACCGGUCUCGAUGAUUUGACGAGCAUGGAGUGACUAGGCGGAUGGGAAUAAACGCACGAGUGCACCUACGAUUAUGGGAUGUUUCCGACCGCGUGUGAGGUCGCAAGCUGUUCUCCAAGAGACGACAAGAAACGAUAGCAUCCCUCAGCAACGGAAAGUUGCUGCCAGCGAUGUCGGGAUUAUUACAAACAAUGCCCAGCCAGAUAUACUACCUACCUAGGCAAGGCUACAUACAUCGGCGUACGGGGAGAGUAAAGGCAUUUACAAAGUAUGGCCCUUGGACAGAUGGUGUUGGUGCGGACCAGGUUACAGUGACGAGUUCAAGACUCGAGGGUCGUACAUAUAUACGAGGA